GUAUUCCAUAGUCGAGAGUCAUUAUGUAAUUGGGUUCGUAUGGUUGGAAAGGAACUUCGUUUGGUUACUGUUAUAAUACAUUCCGAGCGUGGUGGUUAUGGACACAAGUCACGUAUACGCUAUGGAUGUGAGCAUAGUGGAAAAUAUAAAAAACACAAAAAUCAUUCAAAUCAUGAACCAAAACGAAAGAGGUCUGUUGGAACACGUAAGUGUAAAUGCCCGUUUGAUCUAAAUGGUGUGAAGUUGUCGACUGAGAACAAUUGGAUGUUAAAGGUAUCAUUCAGACUACAUAAUCAUCCACUGGCACAACAUUUGGAAGGUCACCCUUAUGUACAAAGAUUAAUUAAUGAAGAGGAGCAUAUUUUAAUCGAUAUGUCAAAAAGCUUGGUAAAACCUAGGAACAUAUCGAUGACUUUGAAAGAAUGGGAUCCAAAUAAUGUUAGCAUAAUGAGGACUAUUUACAAUGCACGUGCAAGGCAUAGAUUGAUUGAGAAGGCAGGCAAAACACAAAUGCAACAGAUAAUGAGCAAGUUAAAAGAACACAAUUAUAUCGAGUGGCAUAGGUCUCAUGAAAGAACGGAUGAAGUUAGAGACCUUUUCUUUGCUCAUCCGACAUCCAUCGAUUUCUUACAUGCUUUCUCAUGCGUGCUUAUAAUGGAUUGUACUCACAAAACCAACAGGUAUGGACGCCCCCUUUUUGAGAUCGUUGGGGUUACUUCGACCUAA